GUAGACCAGAUUGCCAUGCCGGACCUGGCCCCCAUGGGGAUGGAGAACUGGGGUCUGGUGACCUAUCAAGAGGGGGCGCUGCUGUACGAGGAGGGUGUGUCCUCUUACCUGCAGAAGGAAAUUAUCACUUCAUUGAUCGCCCAUGAGCUGGCUCACCAGUGGUUUGGAAACAUGGUGACCAUGAAGUGGUGGAAUGAGGCAUGGCUCAAUGAGGGCUUUGCCACUUACAUGUCCUAUCUGGCUGUAGACAAAGUGAACCCUGCCUUCAAAAUGAGGGACAAAUUUAUUGCUUAUGAACUGCACACAGCAUUUGAGGCAGAUGCCCUGAACACUUCACACCCCCUGACCCCCCCUCCAGAAGAGGUCCAGACCACAGAUGAGAUCCUGGGGAUCUUUGAUCAGAUUACAUACAGCAAGGGGGCUGUAGUGCUGAAAAUGUUGGCGGAUGUGUUGGGAGAAGCUGUGUUUCACAAGGGGAUCGAAAUUUAUCUGGGACUCUUCAAGAUGAAAAACACUGAUCAGUAUGACCUCUGGAACGCCAUGAAUAUGGCCCAAAAACAGUUAGGUGGUUAUGUGGAUAUUGAGAAGAUGAUGGACACGUGGACCAAUCAGAUCGGAUACCCAGUCAUUACCAUCAACACCACCAGCGGAGAGGCCAUCCAGAGGCAGUUUCUGUUUAAAGACACUUCUGAAUCAAAUCUCUUAUGGGAUAUCCCUGUUAGAGUAACAUCCGGCUCUGGCCUAUCAGCUCUGGAGUGGAUAAUGUACAAAAAAGUCCAAAAGCCCACAUUCCAGUCAAAGACAGGAGAGUGGAUAUUGGCCAAUGUGAACUGUACUGGAUACUACAGAGUCAAUUAUGAUCUGGCAAACUGGCAGCGGCUGCUGUAUGAGCUAGAGACCAAUCCUGAUAGCAUCCCACUAUUAAACAGGGGCCAGCUGAUUGAUGAUGCUUUUAACUUGGCAAGGGCUCAAUUGGUCAGUGUGUCUCUGGCUCUGAACUCCACUCGUUUCCUGUCCACUGAAACCGAGUAUAUUCCAUGGCAGUUUGCAGAGAAAAACCUGCGCUACUUUGUCCUGAUGUUUGACCGCUCUGAGGUCUAUGGGUUCAUGCAGACGUAUCUACGGGAUCAAGUAACAGGGCUUUACAAUCACUUCAAAAACUACACAGACAACUCAACUGUCCCAACUGACUACACUGCACAGAGCUGCCAAAUCCUGGCCAUCAACCUGGCGUGCACCAACGGUCUCCCUGCAUGUGUGAACAUGGCCAAAGAUAUGUUCAAAUUCUGGAUGACCAACAAAACUAACAAGAUCCACCCAAACCUGCGCUCAGUCAUCUACUGCCAGGCUAUAGCUGCUGGGGGCCUGGCAGAGUGGGAGUUUGCCUGGGACAGGCUCCAGAACUCCAGUGACACCUCUGAAAAGGAGCAGCUCAGAGAGGCUCUCACCUGCACUAAGAAGAUCUGGCUCCUAAACAGAUACCUGGAUUAUACCUUGGACCCAAGCAAGAUCCGUUUGAUGGAUGUGUCCUCUGUAAUCACCUCUAUUGCCAACAAUGAGGCGGGACAGGCCCUGGCAUGGAACUUCAUUAGAGCCCAUUGGAACUAUGUCAGCCAACUGAACUCUGGAUAUCUGAUUGAGGAAGUCACCCGCAGAUUCUCCACACCAUUUGAACUGGAUGAGUUGCAAUCUUUUUCCACAAAGUAUGACCUGGGCUCUGCCUCUCGAGCCGUGCAAAGUGCCAUCGAGCAGACGAAGGUGAACAUCCAGUGGGUCAGCGAAAACAAAGGGACAGUUUUAAACUGGUUCCUGGAUGAGACCAGUUAACCCCUUUUUUAGGCUGCGUUCACACUUCAGCACCCUGAAAUUAGGACUAAACUGUGACUUAACUGUAACU